AUGCAGCGCGCUCCGGUGACAGUUGAGGAAGUGCAGUUGGAAAAAGCGGUUAAGGAAGAAUGCCAAUGGGAGAAUCUUCCCAGGCGACUUCAACAAACCCUGCCUUCCAAGGAAGAAUGGCACACAAGGGUAAUUGAAUACUGCAUAAAGAAGAGACUUCAAUGGAAUAGCUGUUUUGUUCGUAAAGUUUGUAAAGAAAACGAGUAUUAUGAAGUCAUGAUGCGCUACUUGCGGAAGCAUCUUGCUCUGUUUCCUUAUCAUCUGGCGGGUUAUGUGUGCCGUGUAAUGAGAGUAUCACCUUUCAGAUAUUACUGUGAUAUGAUUUUUGAAGUAAUGAAAACUGAGCAACCUUAUGACAGCAUCCCGAAUUUUAGUGCUGCGGAUGCUUUUAGACUUACAGGAAUUGGGAGAAAUGAAUUUAUUGAUAUAAUGAACAAGUGCAAAUCUAAGAAAAUAAUGUGGAAACUGAACAAGUCAAUAGCAAAAGAACUUUUGCCUACUCAACCUGUGGAUUUUCCUAUUGAACCGUGGUGGGGAGUUUGUCUUGUGAACUUUACCUUGGAAGAAUUUAAGAAACUCUCAGAGGAGGAAAUGGCCACAGUAGACAAAGUCUGUAAGGAGGAAGCUAAUUCAUUUGCCAUGUUUAAUCCUGACAUUGUAAGGGGUCUUUACAUACGAGGACUGAUCUAUUUUGAUGUUCCUAUAUAUCCAGACGACCGACUUAAAGUUUCCAGGCUUGAAGGUUUCAUUUCCAACAGGGAGCAGUCAUACGAAGAUCCUAUUGAAGAGUUGUUGUAUGCAGUUUUUGUAGUUACAAAUGAAAAUGCAACUGUUAGGGAGUUGGCAACAACCCUACAGGCUGACUUGUUACAACUGCAGGCUGCUGCUGCUUUUGUGUGUCGUUUGGGAUGGGCAACAAAAGUAAUUGAUCCAGAAUAUAUUCUUGAAGACUCAAGUAUACCUGCUGCGUCUCCUAGAAGCACAGUCAGUGAUGAAGAUGCUUCUGUUACAAGUCUGGGUUCUGAGAAUAUGCUUAUUGAUAAUGACUCCAUUCAACAAGGGGAUACUUCAAGUUCAGGGAAAUCAGGCCCUCGUUCUGCCUAUACUCGUGUUGCUUUCAUAGUUGAUGCGAACAUUACAUCCUAUCUUAUGAUGGGGUCUGUUUCACCAGGCCUGAAAUCUCAUGCCGUUACACUCUAUGAAGCGGGGAAAUUGGGUCAUGCCAGCAUUGGUGAUCUUUGCGAGGAUCUUAGCACCCUAGAGGGUGCAACAUUUGAGGGAGAACUACAGGAAUUUGCAGAUCAUGCUUUUAGUCUUCGUUGUGUGUUAGAAUGUCUACAAUCAGGUGGAAUAACUACUGAUAAAAAAGAGGAGGGGGGUUUUGAUAAGCUGGAUAUGACUACCUCAAGUAAUGAGAAGUUAAUUUCUGUGAUAUCUGAGCCUGAAAUUUCUUUGGCUGAGAGAUCAGGAAACCCUGGUGUUGUAGAACCUGUGUUAAAUAAUGAUGAUUCAAUAAAUUUUGAUUCAGAGAAGCAUGUGGAGGCUUCUGUUUCCCCUGAACUGGAUCACAGUAGUAUGGGUGAUAGAGCCCAUUCUAUUACUUUGGAAGAUGACAGUACUCACAUUCAGGAUACAGAUGAGUCAGAUACAAAUUUCCAUAGCAAUGAGAAACUAGUAGCAGUUGAAGGGUCAGAUGUUGGAGCAGAAUUGCUAAAGAGGACAAAGAAAUAUCGUGUAAACAUUCUCCGAUCUGAAAGCUUGGCUUCUCUUCCACCAGCAACUCUCAAUCGUUUGUUUCUACGUGACUAUGAUAUCCUUGUGUCCAUUGUGCCCCUUCCUCAUUCAUCAAUUCUUCCUAGAUCUGAUGGUCCAGUUCAUUUUGGUCCUCCCACAUAUUCUUCUAUGAGUCCUUGGAUGAAAUUGGUAUUAUAUUCAACUGCAGCUUGCGGGCCUGUAUCAGUUGUUCUGAUGAAAGGACAGUGUCUCCGCUUGCUUCCUGCUCCAUUGGCUGGUUGUGAGAAAGCCCUUGUAUGGUCUUGGGAUGGCACUACAAUAUCCGGCUUAGGAAGGAAGCUUGAAGGAAAUUUAGUUAAGGGAGGUAUACUCUUGCAUUAUUUAAAUUCACUUCUUAAACAUUCAGCAGCAAUGGUGCUUCCUCUCAGUAAGUGUGAUCUUAAUGAAUCUGGAAAAGUUACUACUUUGGAUAUCCCUUUACCCUUAAAGAACUCAGAUGGGUCAAUCGCCUCGGUAGAAGAAGAGUUAGAAAUAUGUGAAGAGGAUCAUUCUAAGGUGAAUUCUAUGUUGACUAAUUUGGCAAACAAGAUGGAACUGUGGACAGUUGGUUAUAUUCGGCUAUUGAAAUUAUUUAAUGGAACAGAAUCAGGUCAGUACUCUUCUGAAAAGAAGUAUGAAUGGGUUCCUUUGAGUGUGGAAUUUGGGAUGCCUCUAUUUAGUCCAACAUUGUGCAAUAAUAUAUGUAGAAGGAUAGUUUCAUCGGAGAUGCUCCAAUCUGCCUCAUUUAGUGAACACCAUGACGCAAUGCAAAGCUUGAGGAAAAAGUUGCGUGAUAUUUGUGCGGAGUACCAAUCAACAGGUUUCACUACAAAGCUUUUUUACCAGACAAAGCAAUCCAAGGAGUCUUUUGGACGACAUAUGCAAGCUAGUGGAAGGUGGAAUCCACUUAUGGAUCCUUCUUCUCCCAUUUCAGUGGCAUCAAGUGCACAUCAGAGGUUUAAACUUGCUAAUCGGGAACGCUGCCAAACUGAAGUGUUGAGCUUUGAUGGCUGUGUUCUUAGAUCAUUCGCAUUAAGUAGUGCUGAUGAAGUUGCCACAAGAACUACUAAAGAAGCCCCUCAAGCCGAUACAAUAAAAGCUGAACCAGAAGAAAAUGAUAGUAAAGAAGCAAUCCUUCCUGGUGUUAAUCUUAUUUUUGAUGGUUCUAAGUUGCUUCCAUUUGACAUAAGUGCUUGCCUCCAGGCUCGCCAGUCCAUUUCCUUAAUAACAGAGGCAGCAGCUGCCUCAGCAUAUGUAGCUACCAAAUAGAUUUGCAUUCAUUAUAGGUUAAUCCCCUUCGAAUCUUGGGUAUACACGAACGGCAAUGCUAGCGAGAGACACUUGCCAAUUUCAAUGCUACUGUCUGGUUUGCAUGCAUCUUCAAGAUUGAUGGUUGUACACAAACUUUGGGCUCACCUAGGAGUUAAGGUUUUGUCAGAUCAGGAAAUUCACAUCAGUUGGAGCUAGAUAUGUAAUGGUCAUUGAACAAUGUAUGUAAUGUAAGUCAGGAAUAUUUUUUUUUCUCCUGUCACAUACAUGCAGCAAAAAGGACAUUAUCACCAGGGGCUCAUAUUUGAAGAUAACAUAGUCAUUGGAAACUCCUUAGCUUCUUCUAUUCCAUUUUUAAAGAUGUGAAUUGACUUGUCUUUACUCUAGCUGCUUCCUCGUUUAUUACUCAUUUUUAA